GAUCGAUUGAAAACAGCUUCUUACCAGAGUUUUGUCCAGCAUUUGAAACAGGACAGAUGGCAGAACAUCAUCUCAACAGUGAUAAUCACUGUCAUCGCUGCAGUCCGGAAUACUUUUUGCCCCUUAAGAAGUGGGUUGAAAAGUGUGCAGUCUCAGGGAAGCCUGAGAUGGCAAGAAAAGCUUGUCAGACCUAUUGUGCUACCAUCCGGAGAUCGGAGCUCGUGGUAAGGGAAGCUUCCAUAACGAUCUGCCCUCACGGAGCACUACGAAUGAUCGGAGAAGAUAUUCCUCCCGUACUCGGAAGUCAGGAUCUGGCUGAUCGUGCUUUGUUCAGGAACGCGACCGUCAUAUAUAAUAUAUUAAAAUGGUUCAAUGUGGAGACAGCUCAUCAGAUCCUCUUCGAUAAGGGAGACAAUGAUCUAUACGGUGGCCCUUUGCUGGUGUUCAAAGAUAAGGAUUUCAACUGCCUUCGGAAUGCAGAAGCUGUCGUGGACUUGAUAUGGGAAGAUCAUCGCACGGUAGAGUCGGUGGUAUCCUCAAUUAAAUUGGAUCAAUGGGACGAUCCCAAUCACACCCAGUGACCUUGAAUCCAUCGACAACACGCUGAGAUUGACGUCUGGUGAUAAUUUGUUGGGUGCUUCUAAUGGUUCUAAGUACACACUGAGGAGACUUGCGCUGGCUGGAAGGAAGUUUGGAGAGGCUGAAGAGAAGACAACUCGUCGGAAUCACACUUUUCUCUAUGAUCUCUUUUGGGCGCGUUGCUUCCAGUGGCAGCAGAUUAGACUGGUGGAAGCCUGAUACAACUUCCAAUUUUUCGUUCAG